CAUUCGGCAAAAUUUGCGACCCGAAACUGGCAUGGCGACUGCAUGCUGACUCCGCGGGACACACACUCCUCCGCGCCCGUGGAUCCCGAAGCGUUCAUCACCGCCGUGCUCGAUCGGCUUCGCGCCACUCUUGGCUCGGACCCGGACGACGUGGCUAGAGCCGUGCACCGACUCGCCGCAGCAGCCACGCGGCCAGAGCAGCCGCCGCUGCCUCUGCUCGGCGAGCGCAUGCGGCGGCUAUUUGUAGAGGUGUGCCUGCACCGGCUCCAGUCUGGGACCGUCCCUCCGUGGAGUGCCGACUCGCGGCCGCUCCAGGACGGAGCGCGCGCGGAGGCCGCCCUUGCGCAGGUGGUGAGCGGACCUAUGCUGGUCGGCGGCGUCGACAAGUGCUGGAUCGCGCUCCUCCGCGCGCACUUGCUCCGCGUCUACCUCGGCCAUGGCCUCAGCGGCGCGGAGCUCGCUAUCGACCAGGGCGCCUACCCCACCGUCGGCGCGCUCGUCGCCGGUCGCGGCUGGCUCGCGGGCGCAGGCGCCGGGGCGGCCGAGGCGCGCGACUGGAACGUGCACCGGUUGCAGGAUAUUCUCGCCGUCGUGCCCGCGUAUGUCCGCGUCGCGAUCUGGGACGCGGUGCGCGUCGGCGCCCCGCUCGCCGCCUCGGCCUCCGAGGCGGUCAUCACCAGCAAGAUAGUCGACUCUCUCGGUGGGCUUGCGGGCUUCUUGGACCACGCGACCGUCGGCAGCCUCGGGCUCUUUCACCUUACGCACUCGUUUCUCGUCAACUGCGCCUGUCCGCCCGCAAGAAGCAUCGCCGAGUCGCGGCUCGCCAUCCUCGAGUGGGCCGUGCAAAAUUUUGAUUGAAUGUCAAACAUGAUGCAGUAAAUAU